AUGAGUCGAACACUGCCCGUGCGGCAGGCCGAGGAGCUGCACAAGUCCAUCAUAGCAUAUCUCGCGGCGAACAACCUGGCCAACUCCGCCACGGUGCUCAGGGAGGAGCUCGGCCUCGGGGAAGACGUAUUCGAUGCGGCGACGACCAAGAAGUACGAGGGUCUGCUGGAGAAGAAAUGGACGAGCAUCGUCCGGCUACAGAAAAAGGCAUGUCCGUUGAACCUUGGCUGCCCAGCGCUUACCCGACGGCUUAUCAUGGACCUCGAGACUCGGAACGCGGAGCUGCAGUCCGAGGUCGACAACGCGACUCCCUCGUCGCUCUCACAGAAGAACAAGGACCCCGUCUCCUGGCUGCCGAAAGCCCCCUCACGACAUACCCUCGAGUCGCACCGCGCGUCCGUCACCUGCGUCGCCUUCCACCCGCGGUUUACGUCGAUAGCCUCGGGCUCCGAAGACUGCACAAUCAAGGUCUGGGACUGGGAGCUCGGUGACUUGGAGCAGACCAUCAAGGGACACACAAGGCCGGUUCUGGACCUCGACUACGGCGGCCCCAAGACCGGCAUCCUGCUGGCCUCGUGCAGCUCCGACACGACCAUCAAGCUGUGGGACCCGGCGGACGGGUACAAGAACAUACGCACGCUGUCGGGCCACGAGCACAGCGUCAGUGCCGUGCGCUUCAUCCCUUCUGGCGGCACCGGCUUCUUCUCCUCAGGCAACAUGCUCGUCAGCGGAUGCGGUGACAAGACGCUCAAGAUAUGGGACGCUAACACGGGGUACUGCGUCAAGACGCUCAACGGGCAUGCUGGCUGGGUGCGGGACGUCUGCCCGUCCCUCGACGGGAACUAUCUGCUGUCGACGGGCGGCGACCACACCGGCAGGCUGUGGGAGCUCACAGUCGCAAAUCCCGAGACAAAAGUCACGCUGAUAGGCCACGAGCACGUCGUCGGCUGCUGUGCUUUCGCCCCGCCUGCCGCGUACGAGCACCUGGCUGCUUUAGCCGGCCUAAAGAAGCCUCCACCGGCGAGUAGCACAUCCGAGUUUAUGGCGACUGGGUCACGAGACAAGACGAUCAAGCUGUGGGACGCCAGAGGCAACUGCAUCAAGACCCUCGUCGGCCACGACAACUGGGUCUCGGGCGUCAUGUUCCACCCGGGAGGCAAGUAUCUGCUCUCCGUGGCGGACGACAAGUCGCUGCGAUGCUGGGACCUCAGCCAAGACGGAAAGUGCGUAAGGACGCUGUCCAACGCCCACGAGCACUUCAUCACCUCGCUGCGGUGGGCUCCGGCCAAGACCAAAGAUGCCCCUGCAGGCAACGGCACGGCGAACAACGAAGGCGAGGGCACACCUAGACGGGCGGCGGCCGCGUUGGACACAUCAGAGAUCCGCUGCGUUAUUGCGACGGGUAGUGUCGACAUGACAGUCAAGAUAUGGGCGAACUGA